UCCCACGGUCAAAAUACCAUCAUCGUUAUACACGAAGACUAGACCCUACCCUAGAUCCCCUGUUACUACUCCCUCUCUCCCCAUUUAGCCUCCCCUCUCUGUUCUCCUUCCCCAUUUUCUCUCUCUAAAAACCACACCCAAAGUUCUGAGAGAGGAAGUGUGUAAAAAUUUUCAAACAUGAAUGGGGAUAUGAGUCAACAACAACAACAGUGGAUUGCGAUGCAGCAACAGUAUCAGCAACAAUGGAUGGCGGCUAUGCAGCAACAGCAGUAUCCACCGGCAAUGGUAAUGCAGCAGCAACAACAAAUGAUGUACGGUGGUCAGCAACAAUACAUGCCGUACGGUUACCAUCAACAACAACGGCAUAAGCAGCAUAUUCAACAGAGUUCAAACGAAGAUAAUAGAACUAUCUGGAUUGGUGAUCUUCAACAAUGGAUGGAUGAAGGCUAUCUUCAUACUUGUUUCGCUCAAUCUGGAGAGGUUAUUUCUGUGAAGGUCAUUCGAAAUAAGCAGACUGGUCAAUCAGAGCGUUAUGGGUUUGUUGAGUUCAAUACCCAUGAAGCAGCAGAAAAAGUCCUACAGAGCUACAAUGGCACUAUGAUGCCAAAUGCAGAGCAACCAUUCCGCCUAAAUUGGUCAUCCUUUAGCGCUGGUGAAAAGCGUGCAGAUGUUGGUGCUGGUGCUGGUUCUGGUUCUUCUUCUGAUUUAUCGAUUUUUGUAGGAGAUUUGGCCCCUGAUGUUACUGACGCAAUGUUGUGUGACACAUUUGCCAGUAAAUAUCCAUCCGUUAAAGGUGCAAAAGUAGUAAUAGAUUCAAACACGGGUCGCUCAAAAGGCUAUGGCUUUGUUAGGUUUGAAGAUGAAAGCGAAAGGUCUCGGGCCAUGACCGAAAUGAAUGGCAUAUAUUGUUCUAGCAGGGCUAUGCGUAUUGGUGUUGCUACUCCAAAGAAACCAUCAGCAAUGCAACAAUAUUCUUCACAAGCUGUAAUAUUAGCGGGUGGACAUGCAUCAAAUGGUGCUGCAACCCAAACUUCCCAGUCUAAUAGUGAUUUGUCAAACACAACAGUUUUUGUUGGAGGAAUUGACUCUGAUGUUACUGACGAAGACCUCAGGCAGUCAUUUAUCCAGUUUGGCAAUGUGGUCUCUGUGAAAAUACCAGCUGGAAAAGGAUGUGGUUUUGUACAAUUUUCGGACAGGAGUGCAGCAGAGGAUGCAAUACAAAAAUUAAAUGGAACAGUUAUUGGAACUCAGACAGUUCGUCUUUCCUGGGGUCGAAAUCCAGCAAACAAGCAGUUUAGAACAGACUCUGGUAGUCAAUGGAACGGGGGUUAUUAUGGAAGGCAAAAUUAUGGUGGAUAUGGAUAUGGUGCAUCACAAAGUCAAGAUUCCAUGUAUGCUGCUCAAGCAGCUUAUGGAGCAGCCUCUAAUGGCUACGGGAAUCACCAACAACCAGUUAGCUGAACUAUAGUCGAGUGUGCCAUUUAGUUAGAGUUCGGCAAAUUUUUAUUUUUAAAAUUUACUUUUGGGUGUUAUUUAAAUUGACUUAUAGGUUAAUACUGAUUGAUGAGGAUUUGUGGCAGGAUUGCUUUUAUGCUUUGAUGAGUGGUGAACUUAUUUGCCUCA